CAGGUAGGCAGGUAGGCAGGUAGGCAGGUAGGCAGGUAGUAGAUGUGUCGUCGUCGACGGUGGUGCUUGUAGUAUCUUCUUACUUGCCUCCACCCGCGUGACUUGCCCGCGUAGGCAGCACGCGCGCUUCUUACUCUGGGACAGGCCAGAGUAUUGCUACUUGAGGCGCUCACGUCGCCAUUCCCUCUUCUUCUCCCGCGACCGAGUCCCGGCCGGCCUCGAUGGCGAGAGUCAGUAGGAGGGCCGCCGGCGCUCGGUGAGGGUGCGUACGGAGGAGGUGAGAGAGAGGAGAGGCAGGUAAGUAACAAACAUGCCUAAGUAGAGAAAGGCCGCGGUGUGCGUGCGUGUAUGGGUGGUGCGUUGCUUGGCGCCUCUGUCGCUACCGCUCACGCGCACGAGAGAUGCUAACCAGGCUUUGCUUCGACCCAAGGUUCUCUCUCUCUUUCUCUCUCUCUUCUCCUCGGCCCCAACUCGGCCACCUCGGUGUCUGCCUCCUGCCCACGCAGGCGCUUCUCGCCUGUGUCCUACGCUUCCCAGGCGGGCAGGUCCACCGUGCAGGCCCUGCGCGACGAUCGACCGCCGGGACUCUCCUCCUCCCCCCCCCCCUGCCUACGUACGCCCCGCGACGCCGCGGCGCGCGCUGCUUGCGUGCCUACAUACCUGCGCGACGUCUGUGUGUCCGCGUGCUGCGCGUUGCUCAUCUGCCUACAUGUCUCCGUAACGUCUGUGUGUCUGCGUGCUACGCGCGGGCGCAUGCAGGGACGGCCCGCAGGGCGUCUGCCGCGCGCGGCUGGCUGGCUGGCGGGCGGGUGAAGACGGGGGGCGAGAGGAGAGGGGGGGGGCAGGCAAGGGAGCUCACCUAGGCAGGACACGGACGGACGGACUGGAGAGAGAGAGAGAGAGAGAGAGAGUCGUUUCCCAGCCCGUCCGCCUGCUACGCUGCUAUCUCUGCCUGUCCCCUGUCUUGUCUGUCUCGCCACCAUCUCCUUAUCUGCCGGCCGCCCGCCGUUGCAGCGGUC